GCCGGACGUAUUUUUAAAUUGCGACAACAAUGGCUGCCUUCAGUAGUCGAUCAUGCCUCCAGUAUUUAUUGCAUCUUGCCCAGGAUAAUCUAGACUUCAGGUUACCGGAAAUAAAAGCUCUGCUGGCUCUCAGAGGGAAACCAUUUCAUCCCUGUGAAAACUUCAGAGAAAAGUCUCCUUUCUGGUGCCUGGAUGGUUUGUCUGAGGAAGAUGUCCACAGCAUCAUGGCCAGAUCUGUGUGUGCAAAGUCUGCUUUUGAACUGUGGGGCCACGGGCAAACACACAGUGAACUCAGAACAUCCCUUCUGAACUUCCCCUCAGAAAUCAUGAGUCCAUUCAUGCACAAAGACUCCACAUACAGGAUAAACGUCUACACAUUCAACAAAACUUUGCUGUUUGCAGACAGAAUCAAAAGGAUCGAUGCCUUGGAGUAUCUUCCCUUUGAGGGGACAGUAAGCCUUAAGAAUCCCCAGCACAUCUUCUGCUUAUUAGAGGAUUACGGCACAGACCCCAACAAUAUCCCUGAGGAUCCCAAUUACAUCUACUUCGGCAGAUGGAUAGCAGACGGUCAGCGUGAUCUGAUUCGCUCCCACAGUGUGAAGAACAGACACUUCAUAGGAAACACCAGCAUGGACGCUGGCCUCUCAUUCAUCAUGGCCAACCACGCCAGGGUCAAACAGGAUGACCUAGUUUUUGACCCAUUUGUAGGCACAGGGAGCCUGCUGGUUGCGUGUUCUCAUUUUGGAGCUUAUGUAUGUGGAACUGACAUUGAUUACAACACUAUUCACGGGAAAGGUCGGUCAAGCCGUAAAAACCAAAAGUGGCGAGGGCCCGACGAGAACAUCAGAGCCAACCUGCGGCAGUACGGGGCACAGAAGAUGUACGUGGACGUGAUGGUGUCUGAUGCCUCCAAGCCUGCGUGGAGGGAUGCUGCUCUGUUUGAUGCUAUCGUUACUGACCCUCCAUACGGUAUCCGGGAAGCCACGAGGAGAACAGGCUCCCACAAGGACAUUGCUAAACCUGCUGAAGGCGUUUUUGAAGAGUCUCACGUCCCAGUCUCACAGGCGUACCACCUGAGUGACAUCUUCACAGAUCUGUUAAACUUCUCCGCCCACCACCUGGUCAUGGGAGGGAGGCUCGUCUACUGGCUGCCUGUCUACAGGCCAGAGUACUGCGAGGAGAUGGUUCCUCUUCAUCCAUGUCUCCAGCUCAUCAGCAACUGUGAGCAGACACUCUCAAGCCACACCUCACGGCGUCUGAUCACCAUGGAAAAGAUCAAAGAACCAGAGGAAUUUGAUAGCCUGGCCCAUCUGUCAGAUCCCCGCUUCAGCGCCUACCAGGGUCACAAUGCCUUCAGAGAGAAGUACUUCAGUGGACUUAACAAAAAGUCCACCAAGGAGAACAACAAAUCUGACGUUAGCGGGGACUGAACGCAUCAGUGGGAUGAAGAUCACCAAAUUUCCUCAGUGUCUUAUCAAAAAAGAUGAAACUUUUUAAUCAGCGCAUUGUUGUCAGUGCUCUCAAAAGAAAAACAAGUUAUCCCAUUCUUAAAAAAUCUAUUUGUUUUUUAUUUCUUUGCAAAUAAACCAAAAAUGUGCGUGUUCUUUCUGAGUGGUACUUUUGAGAGUCUGAAAUUGGGUAAGAGAAAGGGAAACGAAGUGCAUCUCUAUAACAAAUAUUUUCUAAUGUAACAUUUAUAAUUUAGCUGUUAAUUGUAAAAUGUGGUAAUUAAGAAUUGACCAGAGUCCCCAAAACAUGGAUCCAUGAUGCAGGUUGUGCAUAGUUCAUAAUGUGGAACGUUCUACCUGGAAGACACCAGUGUCUAUGUAUGUAUGUCACAUGCUCAGAUACUAAAAACCCAAAUAUAUGAUUGCUGAUGUCACUGUCAUAACACAGCUCUGCCAUAACCACAUUCCAAAAGUGUUUUCACACUCUCUGUUACCUAGCAACUGGUCUUUAUGUGUAAAAUUGAUAAGAGUCUAUAUUUUCUCAUAUUUACUAUAAUUUUACCCCCAUGAUGCCAGUGCAUCUUAUACAGAUGAGGUCAAAAUGAUUACCCGCCCUAUAAAAUUGAAAUUUUCUGUCAAAAAUUUUUAUUAAAAAAGUGUUUUUUUUAGCGUAGCAUUCCUAACCAUACUGAUUUUCCCCAUAAAAGAUAAAUUAUUCCAGAGAAUAAUUCAGAACAAACAAAAUUGACCAGGAUCAACAUUAUUAGCCCCCUGAGAAACUGACCAUUUCACUGAGCCAUAGUACAACCCACAGCUGUGUCUAAGAAUCCAAAAUUAAACUGGGAUGUUUGGAAAACCUGUCUUAAAAAUGACUUGCUCUGUUGAACAGCGCUUUGGAAAUCCUUAAACAAAAGAUUUAAAUUUCAUAGGGGUGCUAAUAAUUCUGUCCUCAUCUUUACAUUAGCUCUGUCAGUUUAACCGACUUU